GGCCAUCUGAAUCUGUGGCUGUGGUAACUAGAGACGGCUCCCCGGUUCAUGGUUUCUAGCAGGCUUUGCAUUGUUGUACUUGCUCCCAAAUGGAUUUUUCUGCAUAAACGGUUCCAGUCUUCCCCACGCCAGUCCCACUAAGAGGGGUGGAUGGCACAUCAACACCCCCCAUCAGAGCUUCCCCAGUGGACAGCAGUCCCAGAUGGGGACCCUGACUCAGAUUCCGACCAGGACUCUGGAGUUGGAGAGGAUGCUGGUGUUCACUGGCAGGACGGAGUUGGAGAGCGUGAUUUCAACAUCUUUGUUGCCUUUCGGGGAAACAUGGAUGACGAGGACUUCCAAGAGAAACUUGACAACAUACUUAACAGGAUGCAUAGUAUGCUUGAAUUGGACUCAGAGAGACUGCAGCUCCAGCAUGUGGAGCCAUGGAACAGUGUGCGAGUCACCUUUAACAUUCCUCGGGACGCGGCAGAGCGCCUCAGGCUGCUGGCCCAGAAUAACCAGCAGCAGCUCCGAGACCUGGGCAUCCUCUCUGUACAGAUAGAGGGUGAAGGAACCAUAAACGUGGCCAUUGGGCAGAAUAGAGGUCAGGAGGUCAGGGUAAAUGGACCAAUCGGUGCGUCCGGUCAGAUGAGGAUGGAUUUGGGAUUCCCGGGACAAGCAGGCCCAGGAGGCAUGAGAAUGAGCAACCCAUCGAUGGUACCCCCUUGCCCCAGUAUGUCUGGACAGGCCAUGGUUCCCGGCAGCAGUGGACAGAUGCACCCCAGAGCUGCCAGACCCCCCUCACAGACUGAUGCGAUGGGCCCAAUGAUGUCGUUGCAGCAGCAGCUUCAGCAUCCUCAGGCUGGCCCCUACGGCCAAGGACCCAUACCCCCCCAGGCAGCUCACCACAUGCAGACCAUGCAGGUGGGCAGGCAGCUCAACCCGGCUGCCCUCCAUCAGCUGCAGCAACAGCAGCAGCAGGCCCAGCAACAAGCCCAGCUCUCCCAGCUUGGUGGCCCCCGUCCCCCCUUCAACUCCUCUGGCCAGAUGCCUGUACCCUCCGGCUGGAACCAGCUCCCCUCAGGGGUCCUCCAGCCGCCGCCAGCCCAGGGAGGACCCAUGGGCUCAGCCUGGAGGAAGGCCCCUCCCCAAGCUCAGUUGACUCAACGUCCCCCCUCCCUGGCUAUGGUCCAGACCCCCAGCCACCCUCCACCUCCGUACCCAUUUGGUAGCCAGCAGGCUGGCCAGGUGUUUAAUGCAAUGGUGCAGGGGCAGCUCCAGCAGCAGCCAGGGGCUGGUCAGUUUGCAGCCCCCCAGCCUAAAGGUCCCCAGGGUGGGCCUGGAGGGGUGGCAGGACCCCUUAGACCUCCACCACCUCUGCCUCCUUCAGCAGGGCCUCAGGGAAACCUCACAGCCAAGUCUCCUGGGUCUUCACCUUCCCUCUUCCAGCAGGGUUCUCCAGGGACUCCUCCCAUGAUGGGGCAGGGUCAGGCCCAGCUGGGACCGAGACCUAUGACCCCACAGGGUUUCUCUCAAGGGGUCGGCUCACCGGGCAGGGCGAUACUGGGACAGCAGGGUAACCUGCAGCAAGGGUUCAUGGUAAUGCCCCAAAAUGGGCAGGCUGGACCUCUGGUUCAUCAAGGAGGAAUGGGAGGCAUGCCCAAUCGCCUACCCAUGGGGUUUCCUAACGUCCCAGGGAACCAGAACUUUGUCGAGGGUCAGGUGACUAGCGCCCCAGGAACCCCUGGGGGAGGAGCCAAUCCCCAGCUCCAGAGCAGCCAGGUUAUGGCACACACAGGAGCCCAGUCGUCAGCCUCCACCCCCAACAACAUGCAAAGUCCGUGCCACUCCCAGCCCAAUGUCAUGGGCCUCCACGGUGGCAUGGCCGGCCAGCCCCCAGGCACCACCUCAGGCCCCAGUAUGGGCCAGCCCAGCCUCCAGAACCAGAUGAUGGGCCUCCAGGGCCAGCCUGUGUCCUCGUCCCCCAGCCAGAUGGUCCAGGGUGGGGGUCCGGGGCAAAUGGUCCUCUCCAGACCCCUCAACCCAGGGCAGAGAGGAGGCAUGACCCCACCCAAGCAGCUGGUGCCCCAGCAGGGCCAGGGGGUGAUGCACAGCCAGGUGGUUGGAGGGCAGGGGCACCAGGCGAUGCUCCUACAACAGCAGCAUCAGCAGCAACAACAGCAAAACUCCAUGAUGGAACAGAUGCAAGGAAACAAACAUGCGUUUGGGGUGAAAGGUCAAGCUGGGGUCAUGCGGGGUCCGUCUCCUAACGGGCCCGGUAACAUGUCUCAGUUCCAGCAAGCUCAGGUGGGCCAACAACAGCAGCAGCAGCAAAUGGCUCAGCUCCAACAACAGCAGCAGCAACACCAGCUACAACAACAUCAACAGAUGACCCAGCAGCAGCUCCAACAGGUCCCCAUGGGUGGCAACCCAAACCAGGUCAUGGGUAUGCACAGUCAGAUGAGACUCCCCAGUGGUCAUCCUCUGGUCCAGCAGCAGCUACAGCAGCAGCAGCUCCAACAACAGAAACAACAACAAGCCAUUCUACAACAGCAGCAACAACAGGCGACGCAGCAACACCCACACGCUCUCGGAGACCCCAGUGGCUGUACAGGCGACAUGGGCAGUGUCCAACAGAUGCUCCAGGACAUACAGGGUCAGCAACAGCAGCAAGGCAUGACAGGAAUUGGAGCCCCCCAGCACAUGCAGGUGGGCAACGGCCACUUCCCGGGUCACGGGAUGAACUUCAAUCCCCAGUUCGGGGGUCAAAUGCCUAUGAGUGGGUUGUGCGCUCAGGCAGGGGGUUUUCCAGUGAACAAGGACGUGACGCUCACCAGUCCUCUCCUGGUCAACCUGCUCCAGAGUGACAUCUCGGCUAGUCAGUUUGGACCUGGGGGGAAGCAGGGGGCUGGAGGACCUGGCCAGGCCAAACCCAAGAAGAAGAAACCACCACGCAAGAAGAAGCCCAAAGUAGGGGAGGGACAGCAGCCGAUGGAUGGGUUAGGGGGUCUGGAUGUGGGUGUUGGCCUGGAGGACCCAGAGCUGCCAGCACUGAGUGGGGAACAGGGGGUGGGCAUGGACCAUUCUGGACCCAAACUUUCAGACUUCACCAACAGGCCUGCAGGUUUCCCAGGUCAGCCUGGAGACCAGAGAGUCCUACAGCAGGUGCCUAUGCAGUUCAUGCAGCAGCAUCAACAACAGCAGCAUAUACAGCAGCAGCAGCAUCAGCAGCAGCAUCAGCAGCAGCUGCAACAACAGCAGCUACAGCAACAACAGCAGCAACAGAUGCAACAGCAGAUGCAGGGAAUGCAAGUUCCUCCAGGACAGCAACAGGGGGUGGCUGGAGCUCUGGGUCAGACUCAAGGCCAGCCACAGAUGCACCCUCAUCAUCUACAACAACAACAAAAGCAGCAACAACCACACCAUCAACAGCAGCAGCAGCAACAACAGCAGAUGGUCAUGAAGAUGCAGCAGGAGCAGGCUAAAAACCGGAUGCCCCUCCAUCCAGGUGGGCAGAACCCCCCCAGGGGCAUGAUGAACGCCGGGGAGGCCCAGAGGAUGCCUGGCAUCCAGCAGGGCAACAUGCCCGUCAUGAUCAACCUCCAGGGGCACGGAGGAGUGCCCCCCUCCCCAGACAAACCCAGAGGGAUGCCCCUCAUGGUCAACCCACAGAUGACUGGGGCAGCCCGGCAGAUGUCUCACCCUGAGGCAGGGCCUGGUUCCCAAGGAACGGGGGCUGAGGAGGCCCCUGGAGGUCCCAAUUCACUGCAGGACAGAUCUGGAGGCCAGGAGAUGGGGAUGCAGUCUGGGAAUGGAGCCCAACAGUUGGUGGUGAACCAGGGCACAAACGCCCACAUGAUGAAGCAGGGCCCCAGCCCCUCGCCCAUGCCCCAGCACCCUGGAGCCAGUCCCCAGCAACAGAUGCCCCCUCAGCCCCUGCAGGGUGGCCCCAUGCCUGGCCUCCACUUCCCUAACGUUGCAACCACCUCCCAGAGCUCCAGGCCCAAAACACCCAACCGGGCCAGUCCCAGGCCCUACCACCACCCUCUCACACCUACCAACCGUCCUCCCAGCACUGAGCCCUCUGAGAUCAACCUCUCCCCUGAGAGGCUGAACGCCUCCAUCGCAGGCCUGUUUCCCCCCAAGAUCAACAUCCCUCUGCCACCCAGGCAGCCCAACCUCAGCCGGGGCUUUGAACAGCAGGGUGGGCUCAACCCCACCACUCUCAAAGCCAUAGGGCAGGCCCCUCCCAGCCUAACUAUGUCCAGCAACAAUGGAAGUGGUGGAGGUAACUCUAACAAUGGUCAGCAGUCUUUCCCUAUAGGCAGUGGAGCGGCCAACUUGGGCCAAGGGAAACAGGACAAGCAGUCUGGAGGAGGACAGGCUAAAAGGGCCAGUCCCAGUAACAGCCGCAGAUCCAGCCUUGCCUCCAGCCGCAAAUCCACUACCCCUAGCCCGGGGAGGCAGAAGGGGGCUAAGACUGCCCUAACCUCCCCUCACCAGCAACACAUGGUCAACCCCCAGACAGGGCAGACCAUGAUGUUGAGCCCUACCCCAGUGCCUCCUAGCCCGGUCUCACUCCCACUCGCAGUUGGGGUGGGCCUGGAUGCCCAUCAGAUCCAGAGCCCCUUCCAGGGGUUCCAGGAUAACACAGCUGAGAUGCCCAGGGAAGGGCAGGGAAUGGCAAGUGUAGAGCAGCGGCAGAUGCCCCAGCCUUUGAGGGAGCUCUCUGCCCCCCGGAUGGCUAGCCUUCGUGUCCCAACUCCUCAGGAGGCUAAAGCUGGGCUUGAGCGCAGAAUGGUAGCAGGGGAGAGGCAGCCUGUACAGAUGGCUCCUCAGCAGGAGUUUGUAUCUGUAUAUGAGGCCUCUCCUGCUCUCAGGGAUGUUCCUACCUCCCUUAACCAGCUACUGGAUAACGCAGCCACCCCCAGCGUGCCUGCCAGGCCCACUCAGAGUGCUCCAGCUGGGGAUACUGUCUACAAGGAGAGCACUAAAGCCUCCAUAGAUCAAGAGAACCCAUCCAGUGCUUUUCAGAGCUUGGAAGUGGGGGAUACUGCUGUUGCUACUACUGGUGCUGCUUUGAACGAGCCAGAAGCUAAACCUAAGCCCAGCUCAACCCCCCGCCCCAAACUCCCAAAUCCAGCCAGUAGUCCUAAUCUGCAGCCUAAAGGAAGCCCCAAUCUUAAUGCUAAUCACAUCCCUAGCCCCAAUGUAAACUCGACUGUAAGCCCCAACCCUACUCUAAACCCUGCUCCUAGUCUUCGUGUCAAUGUGGGCGCUAGCCCCAACACAGCCGCAGUCAGUCAUAGUUGUCCCAGCCUCAACGUUUCCCCCAGACCAAACUUUAACUCAAACCCUGCAGUUAGUCCCAAAUUAAUCCCCAGCCCUAAACCCCUGGCCAGUGUCUCCACAGUCCUGCAGAUCCCUGCGUCCUCUGCCACCAUCUCCCCCAACCAGAUAACCGUGUUUGUCACCUCCAACACUAUCAGUUCCACCCCUCAGGCCCCCCCAGCCAUCGUCUCCACUAUGGUGGCCAUGCCCAGUAAGAACAUCAGACCACAGCAGCUCAGCCAGCAGACCACUGCCCCCCGGCCCCAAUUCAUUACCACGCCUGUGUUUAUUAAUACCGGUACCCCAAUCUUCCAGGUCCCCGCUGCAUCUGUGGCCCCCAACACCACAAUGGUGUCCCAGCCGAUCACCAUGGUAGGGCCCAUACAAGUGUCCACAACUAAUAUCCAGCUCACCACCGCUCCAACCCAGGCUCAAGCCCCAGGCUCUGCCUGGACCCAGGCUUCUGUGGUCAGUGUGGCCGGCACCCAGCCUGCCCGAACGCUAGUUGAGCAGGUCCAGAUGGCCAGUAGACAGGCUUCCCCUGUUAGUAACUUGCCUCCUCCCCAGCAGCAAAGCCCUACCACUCCCAAACCAGAGACCUCUGGUGAGGCGCUCACCGGACAGAAAUCUACCCCACCAGUUGGGCAGCCUUCCCACCGUCCAAGCCCCUAUCCCACAGCCUCUACGUUUGCCUCGUCUCCCUUCCAGCAGCCCCUAGGGUCCGCCUUUCCAUGCUCCCCCUCCUUGGCUGCCCAGGGCAAGCCUUUCCAGGCUCCUGGCUCUGCACCAGUGAGCAGUCCACCAGAUUCCCAGCAGGUUUCUAAGGAAUGGCUAACCCAGACUUUAGGGGGGGCUUACCAGCACCAGACAGGUCUGAACGCUGGGGGUGUGCCCAUUCAUACAUCCCCUGCAUCUCUCACCCAGACUGAGGCCACAGUGUCUGGAGCACAGACUCGGACUACUUCUGCUGCUGCUCCGAAAGACACCACUCCUCCUCCUCCCGUAUCAGCUCCAACUCAUGUUCAUGCUCAACCUGCUACACCAGCCCAGUCCCCUGUUCCUGCCCCAGUCUCUAAACCUACCACCCCUCCGCCAGUCUCAGUCCCUGUCACCACCCCAAUCACUACUACUGCCCCUGUUCCUACCACUGCUACAUUUCUCCCUGAUCCGGCUCCUCCUUCAGCCCCAGUCCCGAUACCAAAUCUGUCCCCAUCUACAUCUCCUGUUGUUGCCACCACUGGACCCUCCAACCCGCCCAGGGACUCCUCAGCCAUAUCCUCCCCAGCGGCCCUUACCCCUACUGUAGCUCAGCCUGUCCCCACAGCCAUGGAGCCUCCAAGCCAGCCAGCCCCACCAGAGGCCACAGCACCUUCGGAGAAUACCCAGAUCAUCCCAGUGUCAAUCCAGCCUGAAGCUCUACAGCAAGAGGAGCCUUCUGCUACUGAAAAUACUGCAGAAGAAGUUGCCACUGUGACUGAACAAGGAUGGGCAAAGAAAAGAAAGACACCCGUUAACUUGGGCUCCAGGGCUGCCGUGGAGAAGUCAAAGGGUCCUAGCAGACGGAGCUCGCGGGCCGACAAGGAGGUGGAGGAGGAGACUGUGGCAGACAGCAUGCAGAGGAAGAGACCGGCCAGGCCUGGAGCCGGUGCUGCUGCUAAAGAAACGGGUGCCAGCCCUACCCAGGCUAAGAGAAGGAAGUCUAAAUGACCACAGUAGUGAAACCCUGUGAACUGAACUGUAAAUGUAUUUUUCUUUGUCAAUCAUUCGAUGAGCAUCUUUUCUCCAGGAUUACACAUUUUUGAUGGUGAAAAUAACCAUGUACAGAUAAUUGUUUGAAAAAUAAUUGUUGAUGUUUUGUCCCUGCUAUCAUGUGAGGUUGUAGCUUGUGUGUGUGUUUAAUUAAUUAUGUGAAGACUGAUAAUAAAACUUGACUCAAUUGUAUAAUUUUGUUGUAAAACUUCAUUAAAUUUUCUACUACUUU